AUGGCUGCAGCAGGUCCAAACCAGGAGACAGAAGUCAAGGUCUCUAGUGACGGCGCUCAGAACUUCAUCGACUGGUACUACAAGGAUAUCAACGAGCAUCGCUCGCUGUCAUCUUACUACGUCAACGCGUCUACCAAAUAUACCGGUGUCGGCGCGACGGCCGACAUCGUCAUCAACGGCGCACAGCUCGCCUCGGCAACCGACUACGAGGCGCUCCUCCUCGAGCAGCGCGGAGGCGCCGCCAGCAAGAUCCGAGUCAGGUACGAGGUUGACGGCUUCGACGUGCAGGUGCUCAACCCCAACUUCGGCCUCGCCUGUCCCGAGCAGAUUCUCGCCAAGGGCCCCGACAAGUCCGGCGGCCGCAUCAGCAUGGCCGUGCAGGUCAGCGGCAUUCUGCACCUGGGGGCCGGCGCCGACGCGCCGCGGAAGGCGUUCAACGAGGUGUUCGUGCUGGUGCCGAACUGGGACGCGGCCGGCCCACGGGCGCCGCGCAACUUGAAGAAGUGGCUGAUCCUGAGCCAGAACUACCGGACGCUAUAG